AUGGUGGAGACGUUAAUACCCGGGUUGGUGGACGACGUAGCAGAGCUGUGCCUGUCGCGAGUCCCACGCUCUAGCUUUCGGAUCAUUUGUCAGGUGUGCUGGGGAUGGAGAAGAUUCCUUUGGAGCGAGCGUUACGGAGCCGUUCGAAAGUUGACGGGUUCGGUGGAAGAGUUAAUGUGUGUUCUAAUGGAUCACCAGUACUGGGAAGUUUUUGAUGGCUCCGGUAACAAACUGGGAGGGAUCCCUCCCAUCCCUGGGCCUUUGAAGAGAGAUUCCCGCCUUGCGAUGCUCGAUGGCGGAAAGAUCGUUGUCAUCGGUGCAAUUUAUUAUAAAGGAAGAUCUGAGAUGAAGGCUUUGCCUUAUGUGUACGAGUUCAAUCCUUGUACUAACAGAAAACUGGCAGACAUGAACAUACCGCGUUACGGAUUUGAAUAUGCUGUUGUGGACGGCCUUUUGUAUGUGAUCCGAGGCCUUACCUCAUAUGGUGAUUACCUUUUCAACCUGGAAGUAUACAACCCGAAAACUAACAAAUGGAGCCUCAUGGAUUUUCCAUACCGCCCUACCUCUUAUUGUGCCUUCGCCUUCUCCUUCAAAUCCAAACUCUUCGUUGCAGGUGAGAAUUACUAUAAAUCGAGUUUCAUUUACAUAUAUGACCCCAAAACGGAGACAUGGGAGGAGUUUGACUCGGGGUAUUCAAUAAAGGCAUACUCUUACACUGUUAUUAGAAACAAAGUGUGUUUCUUCGACUGUUACAAUUAUCGGGGAAUGGUAGUGUUUGAUCCAGAGAAGAAUUCUUGGAGCUUUGUGUUUCUGCCUCAGUUCAGUGAUCAUGAGAGUGGUUUCAGGUUCAUACUAGGGAAAUUGAACAAUAAGGUUUUCCUGGUUUCACAGGAUGGUGAGGGCAUAUGCAGUGACGACUUUGAUAAAGAGGAUGCGGUCGAGUGGAAAGCCUCACCGAUUAAACUACCUGCUUAUACUUUCAUCAGCAGCGUUCUCAUCAACUUUUGA